AUGAAGUCUCCAAGGAUGAAGGUCUGUGCUAAGUCAGUGUUGCUGGCGCACUGGCUCUUCCUGGCCUACGUGUUAAUGGUGUGCUGUAAGCUGAUGUCUGCCUCGAGCCAGCACCUCCGGGGACACGCAGGUCACCACCAAAUCAAGCAAGGGACCUGUGAGGUAGUCGCUGUGCACCGGUGCUGUAACAAGAACCGCAUAGAAGAGCGAUCACAAACCGUCAAGUGUUCUUGCUUCCCUGGACAGGUUGCUGGCACAACUCGGGCUCAGCCGUCUUGUGUUGAAGCUUCCAUCGUGAUUCAGAAAUGGUGGUGUCACAUGAAUCCUUGUUUGGAAGGAGAGGAUUGUAAAGUGCUGCCAGAUUACUCAGGGUGGUCCUGUAGCAGUGGCAAUAAAGUCAAAACGACAAAGGCAAGUAACACGGUAGCAAAGAGAGAGAUGCACUUCAACCUGGAGAAGCGACAGGAUGCAGAGCUCUCUUGGUUGAAUGACAGUCCUGGCCAGGUUGUGCGAAAUUGUCCUGGAUUUCAGCAACAUCCCAUUUGCGUGUGUGUGCUGUGA